AUGGCUUCACCUAAUGGUUUUUCUAAUCACUUAACCUAUUUUCUGGCUGCUUCUGCUGUUGCUUUUGGAAUUGGUUUCUUUGCUUUGGCAUCAGCUUUGUGGUUCCUGAUUUGCAAACGAAGAGAAAUAUUUCAAAAUUCCCAAUUUAAAGAAACUGAUGAGAGAUGCAGCCAAAGACCAUCAGAGGUGGAGAGUAAAGCUCGUUCUCAGUGUGUUUUUAUUUCUCGAAAUUUUCAUACUGGAAUAUUCCAAUUACAGGAGGAGCAAAGAAAAAAGGAAACAGCACAUUUAAAAGCAAGUAAAGACCACUCUAAAGAGGAAUACUGCCUUGCAACAAAAAAGGUCAUUUAUGACCCUACAGAGACCAGCUCAACAGCAAAGAGCAGCAAUACAUCCUUAAACUCAUCGACGUUACCAUCCGAUUCUUACUACAGCGAAACUAUAGAAGCAGCUGAUGACUGGUAUUCUGAUGACUCUCUAGUGAGAAGGAGCUCUGCAAUAUCUUUUCUCAAGGAACCUCUAAUGGAAAAAGGAUUUCCAUACCCGUCAACCACUCCAUUAGAAGAAUGUACUGAAUAUGACACUUUAUGAUGAUAAAAAUAUGACAGCAUUAAGGAAAUAUUUUCAGGAAGAAAUACGAAGGUUGAAAUAUAAAACCUUCAACAU